CCGGUGGGAGGGGUAGUGCUGUGACCAUGAGAUCACAGGCCUCAUCUGCCUUCCAGGCAGGCCUUGUACACAGAGGCCUUACUCACUGCAUAUUCCUUCCUCUUGCGUCUCUUUAAUUCCUGCCAGGCUAGAAGAGGCUAUCCUGUCCGCUGGCAUCUGCCAAUAUACGUGACCCAUGUAAUAUAUGGAGGGAGGGGGAUACAAGAUCCAGGGAGAAUGCUGGUUUUCUGACUGAAGACAGUUUUGUUAACCCCACACCCUCCGAGUAUAUUCAAAUCCAGCCACAGCUUGGAAUGUGCCAUCUUAUGGAGGAUUAACUAGUGCAGUUUUAAGGAGGUUCUGCACAGAAGGACUUCAAACAAGUGCAAGAAAAACAGGGCAGAAAGGAAGAAAAAUGUCAUCAAACAGGGGUCAGAAUCCUCAUGGACUUAAACAGAUUGGCUUGGACCAGAUCUGGGAUGACCUGCGGGCCGGCAUCCAACAAGUUUACACCAGACAGAGCAUGGCAAAGUCCAGAUACAUGGAACUCUAUACUCAUGUUUAUAACUACUGUACUAGUGUACACCAGUCUAAUCAAGCACGAGGCGCCGGAGUGCCACCAUCAAAAUCCAAAAAAGGCCAGACCCCUGGAGGGGCUCAGUUUGUUGGGCUUGAACUUUAUAAGAGAUUAAAAGAAUUCUUGAAGAGUUACUUGACAAACUUGCUGAAGGAUGGAGAAGAUCUUAUGGAUGAAAGCGUACUAAAGUUUUACACACAGCAGUGGGAAGACUAUCGGUUUUCUAGCAAAGUACUGAAUGGCAUCUGUGCAUAUCUCAACCGCCACUGGGUUCGGCGUGAAUGUGAUGAAGGGCGCAAAGGAAUAUAUGAAAUUUACUCGCUUGCCUUAGUCACCUGGAGGGAUUGCCUUUUCCGGCCUUUGAACAAACAGGUGACAAAUGCAGUGCUCAAGCUGAUUGAAAAAGAGCGAAAUGGAGAAACCAUAAACACAAGGCUCAUCAGUGGAGUUGUACAGUCUUAUGUCGAGCUGGGCUUGAAUGAAGAUGAUGCGUUUGCCAAAGGCCCCACGUUGACCGUGUACAAAGAAUCUUUUGAAUCUCAGUUUUUGGCUGACACAGAGAGGUUCUACACAAGAGAGAGCACAGAGUUUUUACAGCAGAACCCCGUCACAGAAUACAUGAAGAAGGCUGAAGCACGGCUUUUGGAAGAGCAGAGAAGAGUACAGGUAUACCUUCAUGAGAGCACUCAGGAUGAGCUAGCGCGGAAAUGUGAACAAGUCCUCAUAGAAAAACACCUGGAGAUCUUCCAUACAGAGUUCCAGAAUUUACUUGAUGCAGACAAGAAUGAAGAUCUGGGGCGAAUGUACAAUCUUGUAUCACGAAUACAGGAUGGUCUGGGAGAACUGAAAAAACUUUUAGAAACACAUAUCCACAAUCAAGGACUUGCUGCUAUAGAAAAAUGUGGAGAAGCAGCUCAGAAUGAUCCCAAAAUGUAUGUACAGACAGUCUUGGAUGUCCACAAGAAAUAUAAUGCACUAGUUAUGUCAGCGUUCAACAAUGAUGCAGGCUUUGUGGCUGCUCUAGACAAGGCUUGUGGCCGAUUUAUAAAUAACAAUGCAGUGACAAAAAUGGCCCAGUCUUCUAGCAAAUCUCCAGAGCUGCUUGCCCGCUAUUGUGACUCCCUACUGAAGAAGAGCUCCAAGAAUCCAGAAGAGGCAGAAUUGGAAGACACACUCAAUCAAGUUAUGGUGGUAUUUAAAUACAUAGAAGAUAAGGAUGUAUUUCAGAAAUUCUAUGCAAAAAUGCUUGCAAAACGUUUAGUGCACCAAAACAGCGCCAGCGAUGAUGCAGAAGCCAGUAUGAUAUCCAAACUUAAGCAAGCCUGUGGUUUUGAAUAUACCUCUAAGCUGCAAAGGAUGUUCCAAGACAUCGGUGUCAGCAAAGACUUAAAUGAACAGUUUAAAAAGCACCUGACAAAUUCUGAACCUCUUGACUUGGAUUUCAGCAUACAAGUCCUCAGUUCUGGAUCAUGGCCUUUUCAGCAAUUCUGCACCUUUGCAUUACCCUCUGAGUUGGAGCGCAGUUAUCAGAGAUUUACAGCUUUUUAUGCCAGCCGCCACAGUGGAAGAAAACUAACUUGGUUAUAUCAAUUGUCCAAAGGAGAACUUGUUACGAAUUGCUUUAAAAACAGAUAUACUUUGCAGGCAUCCACAUUCCAGAUGGCAAUCCUGCUCCAGUACAACACAGAAGAUGCAUACACCGUACAGCAAUUGACAGAUAGUACGCAGAUAAAAAUGGACAUCCUGGUACAAGUUCUACAAAUUUUGCUGAAAUCAAAGUUAUUGGUAUUAGAAGAUGAAAAUGCAAAUGUGGAUGAAGUGGAGUUGAGGCUGGAUAUCUUAAUAAAGCUGUAUUUGGGCUAUAAAAAUAAGAAGCUUAGAGUUAACAUCAAUGUGCCCAUGAAAACUGAGCAGAAACAGGAACAAGAGACGACGCACAAAAACAUAGAAGAAGAUCGAAAACUUCUCAUCCAGGCCGCCAUUGUAAGAAUUAUGAAAAUGAGAAAGAUCUUGAAACACCAGCAACUUCUUGGAGAAGUCCUGACUCAGCUCUCCUCAAGAUUCAAGCCUCGUGUUCCUGUUAUCAAGAAAUGUAUCGACAUCCUUAUAGAAAAAGAGUAUCUGGAGCGCGUGGAUGGAGAAAAGGACACGUACAGUUAUCUGGCUUGAAUAAGAAAAAAGAAAAUUUUAUACAUAUUAUUUAGAAAUUGCCUGAUUGGAUAAAUGUCAUUUGUGUGACACUCAGCAGAUAGUGAAAGUGAUAUGAUGGAAAGAAUGGUGACACGGAGGAACUUCAUAGGAGCUGAAUUGCUGCCACUUGGUCCGACUCUUUUUAAGAACCCAGAAACAGGACUCCCAAACGCCAGCCAGGGGACUGCCACCAUUUCAAGCAUGUAAAUAUGGAUAUAUGGACACCUAAGCCCUUUUAAUUUAAGAACUGAGGGGAGCCUGUACCCAAACUGAUGUUUGCAUGCUACCACCUCCCUCCUUUUAAAUCAGUCCAAUUUUGCUGUACAGGCACCAGAUGUCAAUGAAGCUAGUUCUAAAUAUAUUGGCAGCACAAUGACAUAGAGUAUGACAUGGACCUAAUGUAAUCUGCUAUGAAAUCCCAUUUGUAUAGUGUGUUUCAUUUUU